AUGUGGAUAUUACCAGCCCUCGGGUAUAUUGGCGUCAUUCUAGGCUUUGCCUUCCUGACCCUAGCUAUAGCAUCUGGACUGUACUACCUCUCCGAGCUCGUGGAAGAGCACACUGUGUUCGCGAAGAAGCUGCUCAGCCGCUUGAUAUACGGCGUCAUUGGCAUUCAAAUCCUCCUUCUCCUGAUCGACGGCUUCCCAAUCGGUCUCAGCGCGCUCAGCGUCGUCAGCCAUGUCAUCUACGCGCAGAACCUUCGACGGUUCCCAAUCGUCAAGCUUACGGAUCCGCUGUUUCUCCUCUCUUGUGCCCUUGUAAUAGCCAACCACUACCUCUGGUUCCGCCACUUCAGCGGGCCCUCCCCCUCCUCCUCUCAGUACUCCUCCUACCCCUACGACCGCCCCGACAUCCCCUCAUUCACCGAAAUCGCCUCCUACUUUGGCCUGUGCGUGUGGCUCGUGCCCUUCGCGCUCUUUGUCUCGCUGUCUGCAGGCGAGAACGUGUUGCCGAGUAUGGGCUCCGAGUACGCCACAGGAGAAGGAAGCAGCUACAUCACUUCUGGAACUGCGCCUAGCAGCGGAAGCGCAUUCGGUGCUGGCGGUGCAGGCGCGCCGGGGAAGAGGAGAGCACGGAGCGGGACGAAUCAGGGCAUGGCGAAGCAGGUUGUUUCGGGCGUGAAGGAUUGGGUGGGCGAGACGGGGGAGGUUAUGGGGCUUUGGAAGGGAGAGCGGACCAGGCCGACGUUCUAA